AUGACGCGACGGGUGUGGCCAGUAGCGAUUGGUGGAUUUGGCGCUUAUGUGCUGCUGCAAACAGAGGCAUCAUGCAGUUUUAUCAAAAAGGCCUCCAUUUUAACACGCGAAUUUGUUACUUGCAUGGGCAACGAAACUGCUAAAGGUGGACUACUGAUGGCCAGAGCGGAGAGCGAAUACAAGUGUCAGGAUAUCGUAAUUCGGGAGGACAAGGCGCAUGGGCUCUUCCUCAUCCUCCACCUCCAUCCUCAUGCUUCGGCGAAGGACUGUGUUCAAGCGCUACGGAAGAUCCAGGCCCACGUUGAUCGAAUCUCACCGAAAGACAUUCGAGAUGAAGACAAUGAGUUGAUAGUCGGUUUGGCGUUCGGUCAGGAGUUUCUCGCAAAAAUCUAUCCUGAUGCAGACAAAAAUGGAGUUGAGCCUUUUCCCUUCAGUGAACGCAAGGGCAAAGUGGCGCAGAUGCCUUCAACCGGUGGUGAUAUUUUGGUGCACGCAGUGUGUGGAGAGCAAGGAAAGCUCUUCGAAUUAGCUCAGGCGGUGUUAGACGACAUGCCGAAAGGUGCGGUGCAAAGUACAGAGGAGACGUACGGGUUUACCUAUCGCGAUGGUCGCGAUUUGAGCGGAUUUGUCGAUGGCACAGCAAAUCCUGCCGACGAGACUGAUCGCAUUGAAGCUGCAGUUAGCGAGACAACGGGUGGAAGCUACGUCCUCACUCAGCGAUGGUUGCACGACAUGAAGAAGAUUGCCUCCGAAAAUGUGAAAACAAUGGAGGCUAAUGUCGGCCGUACAAAAACGGACAACAUUAGGAUAGAACCGAUUGCUCCCACCUCGCAUCUUGGUCGGGUCAAACGUGAUGCUGCGGACACAAGCGGCAUGACGGGACGAAUGGUGCGCCACUCACUACCAUACGGCAUCGCCUCAGGUGAAUGCGGUCUCUUCUUUGUAGCCUACACGAAGUCACCGCAAAUCUUCGACUGGGCACUGGAUCGCAUGGCAGGCCUGUCGCAUGAUCGUAUCGAGGACGGGUUGUUCCACUUCACUCGUCCCCUCACCGGUGCCUACUUCUACUCACCCAGUCGUGUGGAGUUGGAGACGAUUUUAAAGGGAGACACUCUUAUCUCCCUACCAGAGGUGGGAAUUGCUGGACAGUCUGGCGCUUAA